GAUCGCGGCUUAGGCUCGGCGGGCCGGCGGGGGCGCGGGCGCGGGCGGCGCCGCCAUGAACGCGGUCGUGGUGAAGCGGACGCAGGAGGCCCUGGGGAAGGUGAUCCGGAGGCCGCCGCUGACGGAGAAGCUGCUGAGCAAGCCCCCGUUCCGCUACCUGCACGACAUCAUCACGGAGGUGAUUAGAGUGACUGGCUUCAUGAAGGGCCUCUACACGGACGCCGAGAUGAAGUCCGAUAACGUUAAGGAUAAAGAUGCGAAAAUUAGCUUCCUUCAGAAGGCCAUAGACGUGGUGGCGAUGGUGUCGGGAGAGCCGCUGUCGGCCAGGCCAGCGCGGAUCGUCGCCGGGCACGAGCCCGAGAGAACCAACGAGCUGCUGCAGAGACUGGGGAAGUGCUGCCUCAGCAAGCUCUCCAGUGACGAGGCGGUGAAGCGAGUGUUGGCUGGAGAGAGGGGGGACGUGAAGGGAAGGGCCUCCCUGACGGCCAGGCCUCGGGAGCCGGACAGCAGGAGCGCACGAGAGGAAGAGCCCGGCGUUCGUAAAGAUGAGGAUGAAAGGAAUUCUGACAUAAAGGAGGAAGGUACGAGCAGAGACCGGAAGCAGAAGGAAGGAGUGAAAGAAGAAAGCAGAGCGAGAGAGAAGGACAGGGACAGGACGUAGGGGAGCGACCGCGACAGGCACAAGGAGCCCGAGAGGGACAAGCAGCGAGACGGCGAGAGCGAGCGAGCCAGGAACCGGGCCAAGCAGGACAGGGACAGAGGCCCCCGCGAGCGGGACAGGGACCCGGAGCGCGAGAGAGCGCGGCGGGGCGAGGCCGGGAAGGAGAAGGAGAGGUGGCGGGAGCGGGACAAGGGCCGGGACCGGCGGAGGGGCAAGGACGGGGACCCGUCCGGGGACGCCGACAGGGAGAAGGGCAGAGAGCACGACAGACCGGAGAGGAAGUCCUUGAGCUCAGGGGAGGUGUCUAAAAAAUUGUCAGACGGAUCCGUGAAAGACUCCAAAGCUGCAACAGAGAGCGAGGUUUCCGCCAAAGCAUCCAGGUCAGUGACCACAAAGACCUCAAAACGGCGACCCAAAAAUUCAAUAGAAGGAAGAAGGGAAUCUAAAACCAGUGAAAAUAGUGUCUCCCCUGAGAAAGAACACAGCUCUUCCCACAGCAAAGCUAAGAAGGAACAUACCACGAAAGUGCUCGGAAGAAAGGAAGAUAGUAUCUCAGCUAAAGUUUUAGACCCCGUAGUGUCUGGAUUAAAUAAUGAACCAGAUCAGGAAACUGCAGCUUCGGAAAUAGGAACGAAAGAAGCUAAUACUAACUCAGCUAGUGCUUCAGACGAGAAUUCAGCUAGUCUGUGGCGUGAGAAUGUUGAGCCAGAGCCAGCAGUGAAGCAGAAAGGUGACUCCGCUAGCGAGGCAGAAGGAGAAGUCGGGCCUUCUGUCCAGGAGAGACCCGAGCUGCCCAGCGAGCUUCCGGCCGGAGUCAGAAGACUCCCUCGGCCUGGGAGCGCGAGGCCAGCGCCCCCCCGGGUGAAGCACCAGGACAGUGCGGAGGCGCUGGCGGCAGACAGGACAGGGAGUGGUGAGGCCGUGGCCAGCGUGAUUGUGGACACGCAGAACUCCGACAGCGAGGAGGACGACCAGUUUGUGGUGGAGGCCGCCCCGCAGCUGCCUGAGAUGCCCGGACUCGAAAUGGUGCCAGCGGUAGGUGUGGACGAAGAGGAGAGACACGGAGGGCUUGUGAAAAAAAUUCUGGAGACCAAGAAAGACUACGAGAAGCUGCAGCAGCUGCCCAGACCCGGAGAGAAGGAGAAGUUGCUUGUCUCCGAGUCAGCGUGGAAGAAGGAGAAGGACAUGGUCUCCACGGAGAUAGAGAAGCUGCGCGUGUCCAUCCAGACCCUGUGCAAGAGCGCGCUUCCCCUGGGGAAGGUCAUGGACUACAUCCAGGAGGACGUGGACGCCAUGCAGAAUGAGCUGCAGCUGUGGCGCAGUGAGAGCAAGCGGCACGCCGAGGCCCUGCAGCAGGAGCGGAGCAUCACGGACUGUGCGGUGGAGCCCCUGAAGGCCGAGCUGGCGGAGCUGGAGCAGCUGAUCAGAGACCAGCAGGACAAGAUCUGCUCCGCGAAGGCCAGCGUCCUGAGGAACGAGGAGAAGAUCCGGAAAAUGGUGCACAGCAUCACUUUGGGUUCCAGAAGGUGAGCGCUCCGAUGCCUCAAAGCCGGCCGGCCGCCUCGGCCUGAGAAUAAAAAGGAAGAGAGCACCUCACUCCUCUCUAAGUUCAGUUCCCUGA